CUGGAGUGACCAGAGCGUGUGGUGAAUGCCCAAGAUCGUGGACCUGCUGGGCUCAAGCUCGGUGGAGAGCGCGACGGUGACACCAAGAGAGACCGAGGUCAGGACAGUACCCGAAAGGCUUGCCUGGCAGACAGAAAAAGACUUUUGGGGGAGUCCGAGUAGCGGUGGGAAUGCGAGUGAGCACACUGAAGGUGGUAGCGUCGACUCUGUAGUGGAGAAUAGACGCACAUCAUCGGGCGAAAGCGGAAGUAACAGUGGUAACCGCGGACGUCAUCUCCUGUCCUUUGCUAUCUCGAAUGACAGUAGCGUGCCGGUAGUUGAGCCCGCUGAGAAUCUCCCCGUAGUUGAAGCUCUGAAGACGGUACACCCACAGAGGGUCCGAGCCAUCUCGGUGGGUGCGGGAGGAAAUUCUCCUGUGGAGAAGACUGCGUUUGGACGGGCGCGAAGAGCGAGUGAGGGUACGUACGAUGUGGGGGCGGGGCAGAGGUCCUUGAGGUGGUGUUUGCAUGAUGACUACGCGGAGGAGGAGGAAAAACAGUAUGGAGAUGUGGGAGAAAGGGAGCCUAUAGAGAGCAUCGAGACAGCGGUGAGGAGAGCAGUAGCAUCCGUAGAGGAAAUACCGUUACUAUCUACUACAGUAGAGGUGGUGCCUCUGGGCGGUGUACUGGCAAGUACUGCAGAAAAGCUGAGCUCAAGCUCUGUGGGUCUGACAACUGUUUACCAUGUGGAAGAGUCCGAUGGAAUGACUGGUUGUAGCAACAGCAGAGUUAUGUCACCAGAUCCAGUGGCUGAGGAAGGCUCGAGCAUUAGCGAUACUAGUGCACCUCGGAGGAUAUUGAUACUCCUACGGAUAGAACAGAUCCUGAUGGGUCUCCAGAUGCUGAGGGCAGCUGUCAUGAGAAGGAGAGUGAGAACGAUGUUCUGGAAUCGAUGAAGUUUGGUGGCGUUGCCGAGUCCAGUUGUUGUGUGGAGGAAGACACUACUCGGGCUGCAUGCUCGGCUGGACGCGAGGAGGCUUUUCAGUCGAGGUCCGAUGAGAGUCUGUUGGUAUUUGGUAGUACCGAUCGGCCAAUGCGGUCUGUCACUAGUGACACGUCUGUCGGUGAUGAUGAUGACGAUUCGGUAGACUGGGAGAGUCUAAGUGAAGGGGAUGAAGCUGAUGUGGCCAAGUCUCGAGCUAAGGUAAGGAUUCUCCGGGCAAUCCAAGUCCUGGUGGUAGUAUUAGCGUUGCAAGUGAUACCACCGCUGCUACUCUAUAUCGACCCGCCCGACUUAUCGCACCAGUAGGGCUUCUGUCUAUCUGCC